UUAAGAAGGCGUGGCAGGAAGAUGGAUGUACUGUGGCAAUGAUGGCAUUGAGGAAUAGAUAUUAGAGUAAAUUUAGCAUGCCACUUGUUAUAAUCUGUGGUCUGCCUUGUUCUGGGAAGACUAGGCGAGCUCACGAAAUAUCCAAAUUAUUGGAGAGAGAGUGUGGAGACAGGAAUAAAGUUAAUAUUGUUUCUGAUGACUUUUCCUCACUAACAAGAAACGAGCUAUACUCUUCUACCAAAGAAGAGAAAAUAGCCCGAGGGAAUUUAAAGUCACAGGUCGAGCGUCUCCUGUCACGUGAUACUCACGUGAUCCUGGACUCCCCAAACUACAUCAAAGGCUAUCGUUACGAACUUUAUUGUCUUUCGAAACUCCUCAAGACGACACAAUGCGUAGUGCACUGUGACACGCCAUGCGAAACAGCAGCUGAUUGGAAUGCUCAGCGACCAAUCAAAACUGAGCGCUACUCUCCGGAAACCUUUGACGCUUUAGUGCAGCGAUUUGAAACCCCAGACUCAAGGAAUCGUUGGGAUUAUCCGCUAGUCACGCUCUACCCUUCUGACCCUCUACCGGAAAAAGAACUACUUGAUGCCAUUUUGAAAGCAAAACCACCACCUCCUAAUCAAUCAACACAAUCACAGCCAUUAGCAUCAGUCGACUUCUUGCAUGAGUUGGAUAGACAGACUCAAUCUGUGGUCGGUAAGAUAUUAGAAUUUCAAGGUCAGGGACUGUUGCCAGGCUCAGUUUUGGUCCCUGGGACGGAGGAAAAGGUGACAUUAAGGCGUCACGUGACAAUGGCAGAGAUGAGGAGAUACAGGAAUCAGUUUAUAUCUUAUACAAAGCUGCAUCCGAUAGAUGAUGUGAGGAAGAUAUCAACGUUUUUUGUUCAUUAUUUAAAUUCUUCCCUUUAAUAAAAAUAAUACUAAUACACACAGCAGUCUAUAGUUAUUGCAGUCUAA